CCAUGGUCGCCCCUGCUGACCUUGACCCACUCUGCCCGCCAGCCAUCAGCCCUGCUCUCUGGACAUCAGCCCUCCCACCCACCAGCCAGACCUCAAUCGCCUGCCGAUCCGCCAGCCAGACCUCAGUCCUCUGCUUCCCUGACACCCCUGCUACCUGUGGAACUACUGUACUUUUUCCCACAAGAUGAGAAGGUGGUGCUUGAAGAGGUUGUGUUGGAGGAUGUACCGGAAGAAGAUAAUGACCUCUUCAAUCAGUUCACACCACAGGAAGAAACCCACUCCCAGGAUGAGGGACCUUCCACCUCCACAUCUGUGAGAUCGGUCACAUUCACUGACUUGAUCUCAAUGCCGCAAAGGGAGAGGGUCAUCAGAAAGAGAGUGAAGCCACCAUCAUAUAACCUCACAAGUGAGCAACACAUUGAAUAUAUUAAAACAGAAAAGUCAUCCAGCAAGCAACCAGCCAAGCAAGCCAGCAAGUACCCGGGCAGCAAGCAACCAAAAGGGAAAAAAAGCAGGGCAAGAGAAGCAAAUCACCUUGCAAAGUCUGCAACACCCACUAUGGUGACCCAAGUGACCCUAAGGCUACUGAGGAGGGUAAAAUGUGAUCCAUGUUCUGCCUGGUUUCAUGAGAGCUGUGGUGAAGACAAUGGUGUCUGUGAUGACGAUGGUUUCAUUUGCAAAGACUGUGUUUGAAAAAUGUUUUCAUCACACACA